AAAAGAAUGGUAAUAAAUGCUAAAAUUGAUCGUUUUAUGGAAAAAAGUACUAAUGUAAUCUUAAUUGCAAUAUGCAUUAGAAAUUUUUGAAGUUUUCAAACAUAAUACUUACGUCAUUUCGAUUUUAUGUGUUUACGUAUCUGUAUGACAGUUGACCUAGGCGGAAUUAAACCACUUUUACAUAUUCAUUCAAUUAAAUUACAUUUUUUUACUAAAAAAUGGCUGGAUAUUCUGAAGAUCAACUAGCAGAGUUUCAGGAGGCAUUCCAACUGUUUGACUCCCGUGGGGAUGGCAAAAUCCAUGUGGCUCAAAUAGGAGAUGCACUUCGUGCCCUGGGGCAAAACCCAACUGAGUCUGAUGUCAAGAAGUGCACCUUGCAUCUGAAACCUGAUGAGAGAAUAUCUUUUGAAGUCUUUCUGCCCAUUUACCAAGCUAUUUCCAAGGCUAGGAGUGGUGACACUGCAAAUGACUUUAUUGAGGGUCUGCGCCAUUUUGAUAAGGAUGGUAACGGUUUCAUUUCAUCUGCCGAGCUUCGUCAUCUUUUAUCUACUCUUGGAGAGAAGUUGAGUGAUGAGGAGGUGGAGCAACUCCUGCAAGGACAAGAAGACUCCCAGGGGAACAUCAACUAUGAGAACUUUGUGCACCUUAUUAUGCAAGGUUGAACCAAGCAUUGUGGAAUGUUUUACACUUAGUCAGAAAAAUUGUUAACAAUCAGGUAUCCACUGCAAUGCAUUCCAAAUUAAGUUUUGUUUACGUGAUAUGAUUAAUAAUAAUUAUACACACAAUUCUUUAUAUACCACAUUUUUAAAAUGAUUUGAUGCAUCUUUUUUUAUUUUCAUUAAUAGCUCAUUCUUUUAAUUUCUAUAUUCUAUGUUUCAAGUCAUUUCAAGUUACUCAUCAGGAAGUUAAUUAAAAAUUAAUUAAGAAAUUCCAUCUUCGAAGAUAUUGCUCUAUAUAUAGAAAUGUUGUAUAUAUUAAAAGUUGAACUGAAUAUUUUUUUCUGAUUGGUCGAACAAUUUUUUGAAUUCAUUUUUUUUAUCUUACUCGUCAUUUAUUGACUAAGUGUGAAAAUAUUUUUUUCUCUUGCAUUUUACAUAUAAUUAAUAAUAAAUGUAUUAGAAAUUAUGAUUAUCUUCUGAUUUCCUUUUUUUAUAUUUAAGUGCAAAUUCCAAGAUUUUAACAUAUUUUAAGAGAUAUAUAGUAAUUUAGUUAUGUAUGGUAUUGUACAAAGACAUGAUUUAAUAUAACUGUAAUAAAAUAACCUUUGUAAUAUAA